GCCUCCUCCAGCAGCCAGUCAGAGGAGGGAUGCUCUGAACGCGAGACUGCAGCAUCUUCACCGAGUCAGCCGAACCGCACGCCUCUUUCUCCGCGUCUUCCUGCAGCUCCGGACCCGCGCCGCCCGCCGACACCCCGGGGUGUCUUCAUCCGCGCCUCCUGGAGCCAGGACCGGACAACCGCACUGAGAUUACGCUCGGAUUUUCCUCCUUUGUUUUUUCAUAUUAUCACAACAACCCCGAUUGUUUUUCUUUUUUGUUUGUUUGUUUUGUUUCUGCCUUUGUUUUUCUUGUUUUCUUCAUUGUUCGCGGAGGAGCGCCACCAUCCGGAAUGACACACAUAUCGUAGCCCGCAUAUCUGAAGGUUCUUGGAAGAGAAAGUAUUUUUUAUUAUUAUUAUUUUUAUUGUUAUAAUUUUCCCGCAGGAAGCGGAUCCGGUGGAUUUUUGUUUCCAUCUUUCCGUCGCUGCGCAGCAUCUCUCAACCUGCGCCGUCCGUAAGAAAAAGGCGUAUUUCCCCCAUUCUUAAAGCGAUCUCGCUUUCUCCCAGGACUCAUCUGCACGGCUGCGCUGCGUACAGACCAGCGGAGAAAGGGAGGAAGAAGAAAAAAAACAAAAAACACACACACACCACAUACACACACACACACACCACACGCACGGACGGGGGAUUUAAGCGCAGACGCAGCUUAAGCAUCCAAGAGCGAGCUCGAAAAUGAUGGCCGGCGGAGCUGUGCAGCAAAACGGCAUUUUCUCAAGUCCCCACCAUCACAGUCAGCAGCCGCACAUGGAGUCCGACCCCCCGGAUUCGCGUAAAAGACCCCUGGAGACCCCGACGGAGGCCAGCAGCACCAAGCGCACAAACACGGGAGUGGCCUUCCUGCAGCCCCUAUUUGAAUCUGAAGGCAUUGUUUACCCUCAACAAGAAACUGAGACUCCUGAGGAAGGCGAGUACUUCCUGAAGGUUUUGAUUCCCAGCUAUGCUGCUGGUUCAAUCAUCGGGAAAGGAGGCCAGACCAUCGUUCAGCUGCAGAAAGAGACUGGAGCCACCAUCAAACUGUCAAAAUCCAAAGACUUCUACCCUGGCACGACAGAGCGGGUGUGUCUGAUCCAGGGGACGGUGGAGGCGCUGAACGGCGUCCAUGACUUCAUCGCUGAGAAGGUGAGGGAGAUGCCUCAGAGCACCCAGAAGACAGAACCAGUCAGCAUCCUGCAGCCGCAGACCACCGUCAACCCGGACCGCGUCAAACAGGCCAAGCUGAUUGUCCCCAACAGCACAGCCGGCCUCAUCAUCGGCAAAGGCGGCGCUACGGUCAAGGCGGUGAUGGAGCAGUCUGGGGCUUGGGUCCAGCUAUCCCAGAAGCCCGAGGGCAUCAACCUGCAGGAGCGUGUGGUCACCAUCAGUGGCGAACCCGAGCAGAACCGCAAAGCCGUGGAGAUUAUCAUCCAGAAGAUCCAGGAAGACCCUCAGAGCUCCUCCUGCCUGAACAUCUCCUACUCCAACAUCACCGGGCCGGUGGCCAACUCCAACCCCACCGGCUCCCCGUACGCCAACUCCACCGAGGUGAUGCCGGCGGCGGCGGCCGCUGCAGCCGCCACCGCCUCCUCUCUGCUGGGCCAGGCGGGCCUGGCGGGAGUCGGCACGUUCCCGACCACCAUGUCCAGCUUCUCAGGCAACGACUUGCUCGCCAUCACCUCUGCGCUCAACACCCUGGCCAGCUACGGCUACAACACCAACUCUCUGGGGCUGGGGCUCAAUCCUGCCGCCGCUUCCGGGGUGCUAGCCGCCGUAGCGGCUAAUGCCAACCCAGCAGCGGCCGCCGCAGCUAAUUUGUUAGCGUCGUACGCCAGCGACGCGUCUACCAGCGUGGCGCACCCUGUCGCGAGCCUGGGAGGCCUCUCUCUGGGGUCACUGGCGGCCGCCACUGGCGCCACUAAUGGCUACCUGAGCGCGGCGUCGCCUCUGGUGGCGUCGUCCCUCCUGGCGACGGAGAAGCUAGCAGAGGGAGCGAAGGAAGUGGUCGAGAUCGCCGUGCCGGAGAACCUCGUCGGCGCCAUCUUGGGGAAAGGCGGGAAGACGCUAGUGGAGUACCAGGAGCUGACCGGCGCCAGGAUCCAGAUCUCGAAGAAAGGCGAGUUCAUCCCGGGAACUCGGAACAGGAAGGUGACCAUCACGGGGUCGCAGGCCGCCACGCAGGCCGCGCAGUACCUGAUCAGUCAGCGGAUCACCUACGAGCAGGGCGUCCGCGCCACCAACCCACAGAAGGUGGGCUAAACCUGACAGCCGCCCGGAAAUGAGGAGGAAAAGUGAAAAAGGAACGGGGGCUUCGGGGGAGGAGAGCAAAGAAAAAGGGAGAAUGGAAAAAAGGAGAGGAGAGAAAGAAUAUCGGAAGGAAUCGUUUGCGCCGUUUUCUUCUGUGUUUUCAGUAUUCUAUAUUAAAAAAAGGAAGUUUUUUGACUCGAAGCAAAAAUGUGCUGAGGAGGGGAGGGGAGCGAGUUAUUACGCUGAAAAACCAAGAAAAAAAUGUGUAAAAUGUAAAUAAGGUUUUAUUACUUAACGUCUUGACCUUUUGGGAUUUUUUUAUUGUUUUAUUUUUUGUUUUUUGUUCAGUAAAUUAAGCUGUCUGUGUAUUGUGUGGACAGAGCUGAAUGCCAUUUAGACUGGGAGGCUACAGAGUGCGGCGGGGGUCAAGGGUCACGAGGGUCAGGGUGAGGCGGAGGGUUGGUGUUUACAGGGUGCAACACUCCCAAAUCCCAUCCCAGCCGCCGGCCCCUCCAGCCCACACGCUGUAUCCUCAAACAGAUUUUAGUUUGAUUUUAUUUAAUCCAGGAAAUUUUAAAUUCGCCCCCUUUCGCUUCAGCCCCUCCCCUUUUUAACGGUUUUAAAAAAAGAGAAAGUUUGCAAACUUUAUCUUAAUGUGUGUAAGCUAAGAAACGUCCUCAACUCCCGAAAACUUCGCCUCCCUCAAAUCUCGGUGAGGAGCGUGAGGGCGUUUCUUCAUUCGCGCACACACACACACACAUUUACACACACACAGGCGCAGCGCUGCAGACCCGUCUCUGCAGUAUAACAAUAAUAAUAAUAAUAACACUAAUGAUGACAGCAGCUGCGUUUCCGGCACAAAUGUGCGCAAAAUUUUAAAGUUUUGCAAUUAAAUAAGAAACGUGAUGAGUCAUUAAAAAACAACUUCCUGUUUUCUUCUUCUUCGUGGUUUGAGAGUCAACAUCCGGUUGCUGGUCAUGUGACUCGUGCGAUGUGAAAAAAUUGUUUCCAUUGCAGUUUUUUUAAACAAUAAUUUCUUUUAAGUGACAAUUUAUUUUAAAAAAGUCAAUUUGCGCCGUCAUCUGUUGACUGGAAACGCAGCUGAUGUUGUUUUGCUACAGGAAAUCUCCACCACUGUCGCUAUUUAUUAAUAACAUCGCUCGUUUAAAGCGCAGUCUAAUUUUUUUAAUCUGUGAAUUCAGGUUGACAUGAAUGUAAAUGAGACUUUUUGUUCUGGUUUUUGUUUUCAUGUAAGAGGAAUAGUAAUGUCAAAUAGUGUAAUAUAUGUCUUAUUUAUGUCCAGUGAGAGAGCCGCCCCAGGCAGGAAGAACACUAGAGUGAUAUAUCCAGUCAAAGAGCAGAACAGGGAACACACACACACACACACACGAGUGCUGAAAGGAAACGUCACAGCACCAUGUUUGGUGCCACUGAAAGAGAAUCCAUCAUAUCUGCUGUCUGUAGCUGAAGUGAAGCGUCCAGUUAUCGUCCGCUGCAACUAAAGAUGAAUCGUUUAGACGAGACGUUGUGAUGAAAAAACCUGGAAAUUUAUCAGUUUGAAAAGCUGGAGUUUUGCUAGAAAACAGAAAUAUUUUGAGAUUAAUGUCGGAAAUUUGGUAGAAAAUAAACAUGGAAAUUUUUGAGCCCAAUAUUUGCUAAAAAAAAAAAAA